AUGGAUGGUAGUAACAAGAAUGCUGAAAAUUCAAUUCUACCAAUAGUUCAGAGUCAGAGAGAACGAUACCGUAUUAGAGCACAGGAAUUAGAAGCUCAAACCCUGAGUCAACAACAACAGGUAACUCUUCUACAGAAUGAAAUGGACAAGUUACGAUCUGAUAAUGUUAAGUUGUAUGAAAAGAUAAGAUUUCUACAAAGUUAUCCAACCAAGACACCAGGUAGUAUGGAGGACGGUACAGAACAUCGUUAUUCAUCUCAAUAUGAAGAAAGAUUGGAUCCUUUCUCUACAUUCAGCAGAAAGGAGAAACAAAGAAGAUAUAUGAAUCUAAAACCUUAUGAUAAGAUUACUUUAAGUAUGGGUCAGUUUAUUAUGGGAAAUAAGGUAGCUAGAACUGUAACAUUUUUCUACACCUUGUUACUUCACUCUAUGGUGUUUUUAGUUCUCUAUAAAUUGGCUCAUACUGAAGACUGUAAGAGAGAUUUGGCUGUUGAAUGUCAUCAAAAGUUUGCUGAUCAUAUGAAGAAGGUCCAUGGUGAAGCUGAUGAUCAUUUUGGACAUUAGAAGACAACACCAACACCUAGCAUUUGGGAACAAUUUACCUUUACUUUUAUUUUGUAUUGAAUUGAACAGAUCACACAAUUGGUACUUAUUUUUGCUAAGCUAAAGGUCUAGAAAUAUUGCGAUAGAACAAAAAUUAUGUGCCCUGCAAAGAACUAGUAAGAAACAUUUUCGAUUCCAACAAUUUGGAACAUUUCACGAACAGAAUGCAAGAAUGAUAUAUAUUGUCUGCAUUCAAGAAAAAAUUGUAAUUUGGCUUCUAUAUGUUAAUAAGAAUCUGGACUUUCCACCGUUUCUGUGUGAGCUUCAUUAUUUAUGUUAUAUUACAUUUCAUAUUAUUAUAUUAUAUAAACAUAUAUAAAUAUAAGUUAUUUAAGAAUAUCAUUCUGUGCAUUGAAAACUUGCCACUUCUUUUCAUUUUCAAAUAUUGGUUAUCAGUUUCCUGUGUUUAUACCGGUAGUAAUAUAUUAGUAUCUUUGUGCCUACAUAAAUAAAUUAAAAACCUUUUAUAAAAUUAUGAUUUGAUAGCAAAAACAAGUUCAAAAUUUAUAUAGUUAUAAAGUUAUUAUUGGUAAAAUUAUAAUGUAGUUUAGUUUGUAUUUGAUUUUAAUAAAGUGAAUCUCAUA